GCAGGAGAAGGAGGGGGAGCAGGAGAAGGAGGGGGAGCAGGAGAAGGAGCAGGAGGGGCGGGGUCUGUCAGCAACAAUACAGUUACGGCAGCAGGGGGCCAGCGGAGGCGUCUCUACAGUGCCGUCCCAGGACGUGUGUUUGUGGCCACGCGUUCCCACUCCGCCCAGGGAGACAGAGAGAUUAGCAUCAGCAAGGGAGACAAAGUCAAAGUGCUGAGUGUGGGCGAGGGAGGGUUCUGGGAGGGCACGGUUAAGGGACGGACCGGCUGGUUCCCCUCAGACUGUGUAGAGGAAGUGGCAGUCCGUAGCCAGGACAACCGCUCAGAAAGCCGCAGUGAGAAAGCCAAGAGACUGUUCCGCCAUUACACCGUGGGCUCCUACGACAGCUUCGACGCUCCCAGUGACUAUAUCAUCAAGGAGAAGACAGUGCUUCUGCAGAAAAAAGACAGUGAGGGUUUUGGCUUUGUGCUGAGAGGAGCCAAGGCUCAGACCCCCAUCGAGGAGUUCACUCCCACCCCAGCCUUCCCAGCACUGCAGUACCUGGAGUCUGUCGACGAAGGAGGCGUGGCCUGGAGAGCCGGUCUGAGAAUGGGAGACUUCCUCAUUGAGGUGAAUGGUCAGAAUGUGGUGAAGGUGGGACACAGGCAGGUGGUCAACAUGAUCAGGCAAGGUGGAAACGCCCUCAUGGUCAAGGUUGUCAUGGUGACACGCAACCCUGACAUGGAGGAUGGCCAGAGAAAGAAAAUCCCCCAGCAGAGUAAAAGACUAAGCACUCCGGCCAUCGCUCUCCGCUCCAAAUCCAUGACCUCAGAACUGGAGGAGAUGGUGGAGAGAGCUGCUACCCCCUGGAAAAAAAAAUCAGAAUUCGAGAUUUCACAAGUUACAGAGAAGAAGAGGACAGUCUAUCAGAUGGCUUUGAAUAAGCUAGAUGAGAUCCUGGCAGCAGCUCAGCAGACAAUCAGCACCAAUGAGGGGCAAGGGACGCGGGGUCAGGGGGCAAGGAGAGACAGGAGCCGGGGCUCCUUUUACGCCAAUGAGCCAAAUUACGACCAGUCAGAAAUGGGGAUGACCGGGCUGGGCUAUGACCGCGCCCACUUCUCAUCAGGCCACGCCCCUCCACACGGUAUGCUGCGACAGAAAUCCAUCGGGGUGACUGAAGAGGAGAAGUCCCAUCUCAAUCCUCCGGCCAUGAAGUUUGCCCGAAGUCUCUCGGUUCCUGGCCCAGAUGACAUCCCCCCGCCCCCCACCACCGCCCCGCCAGACCCCCCCUUCUCUUCCGCCCCACCACUGGGCUGGAGAGGGGGCAAGUCUUCCCAGCAGCCCUCUGUGGCCGUGUCCCAGUCCACCUCCACAGCAGCCCACUACCAGCUCUACUCUCAGUCUGUGCACUUCACCCACGGGGGCCGUGAAAGGGCAGGGGGGCCCAGUACCGGCGCUGGAGAAGGAGGGGUGGACCACACGCACCAGUACUCUAAUGCCCCCGCCCACGCCGCUCAGAGCAGGACUGCCUCUAGGAAAGGGGGCUACCCAGGGGAGCCUGUUGGAUCAGGAGGGGGAGGAGGAGUGGGGGGGGGCAAGGCUGCAGGUCUAAGGAGGGGCUACAGUAACGCCGCCCCACCUUCAGGCAGUGCCACAGUGAUGCCCCAGCAGCAGCAGACCACCCAGAGCCAGCCGCAGAGGGCAGACCGCAGUGCGGCUGGGGGGGCUGGAGAGGGAGUACCUAAAGGAGGGGGGGCGCGGAGAGGGAAGGGCCCUCUGGUAAAGCAGUCCAAGGUGGACGACCUGCGGGCUGGCCAGGGCACGCUGGGGGGCAAGGCCCCAGUGGAGAAGAGCUCCAUCCCCAUCCCCACAAUCAUAGUCAAGGCCCCCUCCAUCAGCAGUGGCAGUGGCCGCAGCAGUCAGGGCAGCAGUGUGGAGGCUGAGCCCACCCCCCCAGGGGAGACCGACAGAACCCAACCCCCCCACGGACCCCCUUCCACCCCAGCCCCACCACCCCCUGCUCCUCCCUCCAUCCCGGCUCCUCCACCACCUUCCCUCCGAGGCCAGGAUAGUGACUUCACCAGCCAGUUUGGGGCGGCCAUCGUGGGCGCAGCCCGCCGGGACAGGGAACGCUUCCAUGAGGCCCGCAGGAAGAGCGCCUCCAUCUUCAUGUCUGCUGAGGAGGAGGUGGGGCCAGGGGGAGGAGGAGGAGGGGGGGGGGCAGGCAGGACACAGACCUCUCAGCAGCAGCAGUUCAGCCCCCAGUCCGGUGCCCCCCCCCCACGCCUCCGGCCCUCCAAGUCCAUCGACGAGGGCAUGUUCUCUGGGGACACCUUCAUCCACCACACCCGCAGCAUGCCCCCUGCCUUCGGCCUGCCAGAGUACUCCUCCCCGGCACCAGACUACCAGCCCAAGUCUGUUCCGGCUGACUUCUACGGGGCGUCAAGCCGGCAGCAGGUCCCCUCUGGCACCACCUUCAUCCACCCCCUGACAGGAAAGGUCCUGGACCCCUCGUCCCCCCUGGGUCUGGCCCUGGCUGCCAGGGAGCGGGCCCUGAAGGACGAUGGCAGGAUGAGGAGGGAGAGAGGGACCGAGCACCAGUUUGUACGACAGAUGUCCAGUGUGGUGACAUUCCCCUCCCAGGCCACCUCCCCCACACCGGCUUCCUCAGCCACCCAUUCCUCCAGCUCCUCCUAUCUGGUCACCUCCUCAUCCCUAGCCGCCACCACCUCCUCCACCAGCCGACCCCCUUCCCCCAGGAUCCUCAGGGGUGCAGGCUGGGGCGAGGAGGGGGGAGGAGGGGAGCGGGAGAGGGAGGGUGGCGGGGCCAGAGAGGGGCUGAGGGUGCGCUUCUCUGAGGACAAAACAGUCCACACACAUCACUACCAGUCCCAGCACUACCAACCCUCCUACAGGGAGGAAAGACAGAGGGAGAGGUCGAGAGAGAGGGAGAGGUCGAGAGAGAGGGAGCGGGACAGAGAGGGGUACAUGAGGCAGCAGACAGCCCCUACCCAGCAGCCCCCUCAGCUGUCGUCCCAGCAGCCUCGCCAGGCCUCGUUUCUGAGGAUGGAGAGUGAGGCAGGCUACAUCCUGUCUCUCACCCCUCCAUCUCCCCCCGCUACAGCCGCCCCGUCUCACCCUCAGGGGGGAGGGGGUUCCGGGGGCAGUGGCCUCAUGGUUCUGCCGCCCCCUGCCCCCUCUGUGGAUGUGGAUGAUGAGUUUGUGUUUGCUGACCCACUGCCCCCUCCGCUGGAGUUUGCCAACAGCUUUGACCGGGGUGGAAUGUCAGGUUACACACACCGUGCCAUUAUCAACAACCUGGCCUCCCGCCAGCUGCAGCCCCCACCACCUCCCCCUCCUCCCCCACCACCCCCUCCAAAAGACAUGUUUAUCAGUGGGUUCCCGGCCCACACCCCCUACCCUCCCCACAGGCGGGGGACUCUACCACCUCCAGCCUUACCUCCUAUGACAGUGAGGUGGCCAACCUGAC